AUGCGUGUGUCCGUGCGUAUGUGUGAGCACAUGCGUGCGUGUGAGUGUACAUGUCUGAGGAAUUGUGCAGAUGUUUGUGUGCGUGAGUUAGUUAGUAUGUGUGCGUGUGCAUACCUGAUAAACGAUUCAAUACCGUGGCUGAAAAACGAUUCAAUACCGUGGCUGAUAAAUGAUUUAAUACCGUGGCUGACAAACGAUUCAAUAUUCAAUACCGUUGCUGAUAAACGAUUCAAUACCGGGGCUAAUAAACGAUUCAAUACCGUGGCUGAUAAACCAUUCAAUACCGUGGCUGAUAAACGAUUCAAUACUGUGGCUGAUAAACGCUUCAAUACCGUGGCUGAUAAACGAUUCAAUACCGUGGCUGAUAAACGCUUCAAUACCGUGGCUGAUAAACGCUUCAACACCGUGGCUGAUAAACGAUUCAACACCGUGGCUGAUAAACGAUUUAAUACCGUGGCUGAUAAACGAUUCAACCCCGUGGCUGAUAAACGAUUCAACACCGGGGCUGAUAAACGAUUCAAUACCGUGGCUGGUAAACGAUUCAAUACCAUGGCUUAUAAACGAUUCAAUACCGUGGCUGAUAAACAAUUCAACACCGUGGCUGAUAAACGAUUGAAUACCGUGGCUGAUAAACGAUUCAAUAUCGUGGCUGAUAAACGAUUCAAUUCCGUGGCUGAUAAACAAUUCAACACCGUGGCUGAUAAACGAUUCUAUACCAUGGCUGAUAAACGAUUCAAUACCUUGGCCGAUAAACGAUUCAACACCGUGGCUGAUAAACCAUUCAAUACCUUGGCUGAUAAACGAUUUAAUACCGUGGCUGAUAUACGAUUCAACACCGUGGCCGAUAAACGAUUCAAUACCAUGGCUGAUAAACCAUUCAAUACCGUGGCUGAUAAACGAUUCAACCCCGUGGCUGAUAAACGAUUCAAUACCGGGGCUGAUAAACGAUUCAAUACCGUGGGUGAUAAACCAUUCAAUACCGUGGCUGAUAAACGAUUCAAUAUCGUGGCUGAUAAACGAUUCAAUACCGUGGGUGAUAAACCAUUCAAUACCGUGGCUGAUAAACGAUUUAAUACCGUGGCUGAUAUACGAUUCAACACCGUGGCCGAUAAACGAUUCAAUACCAUGGCUGAUAAACCAUUCAAUACCGUGGCUGAUAAACGAUUUAAUACCGUGGCUGAUAAACGCUUCAACACCGUGGCUGAUAAACGAUUCUAUACCAUGGCUGAUAAACGAUUCAAUACCGUGGGUGAUAAACCAUUCAAUACCGUGGCUGAUAAACGAUUCAACCCCGUGGCUGAUAAACGAUUCAAUACCAUGGCUGAUAAACGAUUCAAUACCGUGACUGAUAAACGAUUCAACACCGUGGCUGAUAAACGUUUCAACACCGUGGCUGAUAAACGAUUCAAAACCGUGGCUGAUAAACGAUUCAACACCGUUGCUGAUAAACGAUUCAAUACCGUGGCUGGUAAACGAUUCAAUACCAUGGCUUAUAAACGAUUCAAUACCGUGGCUGAUAAACAAUUCAACACCGUGGCUGAUAAACGAUUUAAUACCGUGGCUGAUAUACGAUUCAACACCGUGGCCGAUAAACGAUUCAACACCGUGGCUGAUAAACGUUUCAACACCGUGGCUGAUAAACGAUUCUAUACCAUGGCUGAUAAACGAUUCAAUACCGUGGCUGAUAAACGAUUCAAUACCGUGGCUGAUAAACGAUUCCACUAA